AUGAAUGACUUUACCCCAUCUGAAUGGCAUGCAAUCCGCCCUUGGCGGCCUACUCUCGCACUCUCUGUUCGCGAGAUCACCUCGGUCUCAGUCACUUUUAUCCUUGCCUCACCAUAUACAUCUACAUCCGAUCCUACACCGCAUGAUCGUCGUUCAUCCAGUGACGCACUAUUCGCCAAUAGGGAAGAUAAUGAGGAGGAAGAAGAGGAAGGGCACAAAGCUCAAAUCGUGUCCGAAAUACUUUCUCAGGGACUUUCAGUAAACGUCAACGGCAUUCCGUGGCAACGUGUACUCAUUCGCAUCGACGAUGCUACUGACGAGGCUGUCAUCAUAUUGUUCGGCCUCAUGCCUGGUCGGCAAUAUGAUGUUGAGCUUGGGGUGGUAGCAGGGCUAGGAUUGGUGAGAGGGCAGAUUACAACUGUAGAAACCGAGACCACUGCCAAUUCAGACUCCUCUCACUCCGAGACACUUUCGGACGACGCCAGCGCCAUUAGCACAUCAGCCCCAUCCAGCACGUCCUCUCAGAUGCACCCGUCUUCCCCGCACCCUACAUCAACGAAUUCAACACAGACGGCCCCUUCUCCGACAAUUCCGGCUUCUGCUCCUGCUCCCUUAACACCAGAGCAACGUCGGCAAGAGCUCACACUGGCGUUGUCCACGCUGACAGCUGAACACGCACAGCUCACUGCCGCGCUCAAGGCCGCGCGGCGUGAGGCGCAGAAAGCGGACGCGAGUGUGCGCGGGGAAAUUGAGGCGCUGCGGCGUGCUGCAGAGCGCGGUGCGGCAAAUGAACAUCGUGCGCGUCAGAAGGUUCUCGCCCUCAAGGAGGCGCGAAAACAGACUGAAGCUGCUGCGAGCGCCAUGGAAGAGGCGAGAUUGGAAAUUGAACGCUCGCUCCCAGAACUCGAGCGGAAAGUACGAGAGGUAGAAAGGGAGUUGGAGACUGUUAAGGUGCACGCAGAGGAGCAAAAACAUGAGAGAGAAGAGGUGGAAGGGAGGGAGAAGCGUAGGAGGGAGGGGUGGGCUACAGAAGUUGGUGCGCUCACCAAAACUUUAGAGAAGUUGACAGUCAAAAGAGAGAAGCUGGAGGGCGGUGGGGAAGGUGACGGCGGCGGAACUAUCAGUGAGCUUGAGGAGAAACUAAGGCGAUUGGAAGAAGAACGGGAAAAGAUAGAGCGGGACCCAUAUGGCUACGAGGUCGACACAAGUGCGAAAGGAGAGGCGGACAGCUUGAGAGGAGUCAACGAGGGUUCGAUUACAGAGCAUGAAGGCAGAGGUUCCGCCCGCCACAAUCCAGAUGGCUCGUCAUCACAUACAUCUAGCAGUCACUCUUUACACACCCACCAUCACCACCGACAGCAUCACCCCGGGAAUACCCCACAUCAACCGACUCCGCAUCACGGUACCGGCCACUCACAUCCUCGGAAACGGCACUCGCAUCCACAUAGUCAUCCAAAUCAGCUCAACGCAUCCCCCUCUUUCCCCUCACCAGACACCUUGCUUAUGAGCCGACCAGACGCCAUUCCACCGAUUCAACGCCCCGCACAUAGCGCGCGACUGUCUCUUCCUAGUCAUCGAGACCUCAGUGCCGGACCAGGCGUCAUCCACCUACACUCAACCAUUCACAAGCCCGGACUGGGAGCACCAGCUCAAGGUCGGAUAUCUGGCCAAGUAGGUUCACGAGCUCACUCAAAUUCUGGCUCAGGUUCCGGUCGUUCAUCGUCAGCAUCUUCACCUGUCCCUGUCCCUCAGACUCAGGGCACACACGUCCCUACACCUUCGGCCAGUGGGUCAAAUUUGUCGGGGCGGGCGCCGCCAUUUGAACCUUCUGGGUUUGGCAUUCGUCCGGGAACAGUACCGACGUCAGGGCCAGCAAUAGGCAAGUCAGAGUUGAAUCCGGGGAGCAAUCCGUUCUCCCCGAAAUCGGCAGUAGCACAGGCUGUCGCUUUGAUCGGGAAUACGCGCACGAGGGCAGGAGGCGGAAGUACUUGA